GUGGUUGUGGGACUUGAACAUCUUCCCAUGGCUACUCACAGAAUUUCUAGUUUUGUUUUGUUUUUGUUGUUGGGCAUGUGCAUAUGCUCCGCCGCUAGGUCCCUUCUCACUCUAGAGGAGGGGGUUGGCUAUGAUCUGGGCUCACAGGGUGUUGCCGGCCAUGGUGCUGGUGCUGGUGCUGGUGUUGGCAUCGGUGCCGGUUCAGGCUAUGGAGGUGGAGGAGGUGCUGGUUAUGGGGGAGGAGUUGUAGGAGGCUCUGGCGGGGGUGGAGGCUCGGGUGGGGGUUCUGGGUAUGGAGCUGUAGGAGAAAAGGGUGGUGCUGGCUCUGGUAGUGGUGGUGGAGCUGGCAGUGGUGCUGGUGCUGGUUAUGGUGCUGGAGGUGAACAUGGUGGUGGAUAUGGUAGUGGAGCUGGAAGUGGUGGUGCUGCUGGCUAUGGUGCUGGAGGAGAACAUGGUGGAGGUGGUGGUAGCGGCGGUGGUGGCGGCUAUGGUGCUGGGGGCGCACAAGGUGGAGGCUAUGGUAGUGGAGAAGGAGCUGGUGGAGGUGCUGGGUUUGGUGCUGGAGGAGAACAUGGUGGUGGCUAUGGUGGAGGUGGUGGUAGCGGUGGUGGCGGUGGUUAUGGUGCUGGGGGAGCACAUGGUGGUGGUUAUGGUAGUGGAGAGGGAGCGGGAGGGGGAAGUGGUGGUGGUUAUGGUGGUGGAGGUGGCAGUGGAGGCGGUGGUGGUACUGGCUAUGGUGCUAGAGGAGCACAUGGAGGUGGCUAUGGUAGUGGGGGCGGUGGUGGCUAUGGAGCCGGAGGUGGCCAUGGUGGAUAUGCCCCUUGAGAAAAACCCUCGGGAAGCCUAAGCAAGUGGUAUCUCUUUUCAAAUAUAAUAAAGUUGUUAUAAGUAAGAGGAAGGUCACACACGUAGCCUAAUCAAAGGGUUUACGUCUUGAGUAAGUGGGCAGCAUUGUAGUAAUUCUGUAUCAACUCAGUUGUGCUUGGAUCUGUUAUGCAUGAAUUAUUAUCUACUUUUAUUUUCAAUUUAAGAAGAUUUUAUUAA